GCCCCGCCCCUGCAGGCGGCGCCUCCUGGCGGCCGGGCGGGCGGCGCUGCCGCAGGGCGCGCGGGGCCGGUGGCGGCGGCCAUGUCCCGCCGGGGCCCCGCUCAGGAGUCGGGCACCCCCAGGCGCAAGGCGGUGCAGGCCAUGAGGCCGCGGGCAUCGGCGGGGCAGGCGGAGGCCCAGCAGCUGCAGGAGCUGAGGAGCCGGACGGAGAGGGCGGAACGGAGGCUGCUGGCCUGCGAGAACCUGGUUGGGGAGCUGGGCAGCAACCUGGCCGCCCUGGGCAGCCUCCUGCAGGAGUACGGGCAGCUGCAGCAGCGGCUGGAUAACGUGGAGAACCUGCUGAAGAACAGGAACUUCUGGAUCCUGCGGCUGCCUCCCGGCUCCCGGGGAGAGGUCCCCAAGGUACCACUUACGUUCGAUGACAUUUCAGUGUACUUCAAUGAGCAGGAAUGGGAGAGACUGGACCGCUGGCAGAAGGAUCUGUACAGGGCUGUGAUGAGGGGGAACUACGAGAUGCUGAUUUCCCUGGACUAUGCUGUGUCCAAGCCUGACAUCCUCUCCCGGAUCGAGAGGGAUGAAGAGCUUUGUGUCAAAGAUGGUCAGAAGCCCCCGCUGAUGCCUAUUGGAGGCAGUCAGGAGCCCCUGCAAGCACCAGAAGAGGUGGACCGGGUGGAAGAGGCUUUGGGAGAAGAGGAAGUCCCCAUGGAAGCUGACAGGGACUAUGCUGUGUCCAAGCCUGACAUCCUCUCCCGGAUCGAGAGGGAUGAAGAGCUUUGUGUCAAAGAUGGUCAGGAGCCCCCGCAGACAAGCGUCCGAGAUGGUCAGGAGUCCCAGGAGACACACAUCAGAGACGGUCAGGAGCCCCCGCAGACAAGCGUCCGAGACGGUCAGGAGCCCCCGCAGACAAGCGUACGAGAUGGUCAGGAGUCCCAGGAGACGCACAUCAGAGACGGUCAGGAGCCCCCGGAGACAAGCGUCCGAGAUGGUCAGAAGCCCCCACAGACAUGCAUCAGAGAUGGUCAGGAGCCCCUGCAGACACCAAAAGAGAUGGACCAGAAGGAAGAGGCUUUGGGAGAAGAUAAAGUCCCCAUGGAAGUUGACACAGAACUCCCCAUCCUUGUGAUGAAUGUCAUGUCCCUGAGUGCACAAAAAGGGCAGCGGCGCAGGGAAGAUCAGCCUGAGACAGAGAUGGAAGAGGACCCGGCUGAGUCCAACACUGAGGAAGGCUCUUUAACGGAAAAUGAAAGGGCAUGUGAAGGGACUUCUCUUGAAAACAUCAAAAUUAAGGAAGAGGAGCCUGAAGCAUUGCAAGAGGUUUCUGCACCCUCUCCCAGCCCAGAGAUCCAGAAGUGCCCCAAAAGUGAGCCAGCCAAGGCCAAGAGCAAGAAGAAGCCAAGCAGAUGUGCGAGCAGCAGCCUCCUGAUGGGCAACUGUCGGCGUGGCUAUGUGCGUGAGUGGUCGCAUCCCUGCACCGAGUGCGGGAAACGUUUCCGUCUGAAAAUAAACCUCAUCAUCCACCAGCGGAGCCAUGCCCAAGAGGGGCCCUACGAAUGCACAAUGUGUGAGAUCAGCUUUGCGGACAAACGCCACCUGGACCUUCACCAGAGCAUCCACAUAAAAGACAGGGCCUUUGGGGCCAAGGUCUGGGGGAACGUCCACCCAGAGCUGAGGAUCCGGCCGAGGAGGAAGUUCUGCGGGGCUUUGUGCGGAGGUGCCCACAGCCUGGGCAACGGGACGUAUGCUGGGGGUCCCUGGCUGGGCCAGGGCAAGGAGGAGCUAGACAGAGGGAGCCCUAAGUCUCGUAGGAAGUCUGUGCUGAAAUGCAGUCUUUGUAAAAAGAUUUUCUCUUGCACCUUUUCCCUUCGGCGGCACUUGCAGACCCACUCGCAGGAAAGGCCGUAUUGCUGCACCGCCUGCAAGAAAUGCUUCACCCGUAGAACUCACCUCUUGCGCCACGAGAAAAUACACGACCGCCAGAAAGCCCUGGCUGCACUCCAACAGCCCGUGACCGUCAUGCCAGCACCCAAGCAGCCCCAGCCACAAGGAGCCCCAGAGACACCCACAGGUGGGAGCGCUCCUCACUCACCAGCCCAGGCAUCCGAGAGAAACGUUAGCCCUGUGGCCACCGCAGCCAAAGCAGUUCCAGCAAAUGAGCUCCUGAUCGGUCCUGCAGAACUCGGACCGCCAGACAAGAACUGCCACAUCCUCGGCUGGGGUGGGAGAGCUGUCCAGCCUGUGGUUAGACUAGGAAACAGGGCAGCGGUUUCAGGGGUGACGGAGAAAUGACAACAGGAGAAAUCCAAACUGCUUGUGGCCCUGGAGAGAAACUGUGUGAGCGUUAAUUUUGCACAUGGUGGGGCACUGGGGUUGUGAACCAUCUGUCCACUGGAUUUUAGGAGCUUUCCUGAAUUGCAGAAGGAAACAAAAGCUUGGAUACCACCAUAGAGAGCAAAUUACAGAAGCCUCCAGUGACCCAAAAUGCUUUACCAUUCCUCAGACUCUCGUGUCUGCUGGCUAUUGCAUGAAAUUUUCCCAAGCUGACCUUCCAGCAGCUGAGCUCACCUAUUGAUGCUGGAGCUGACCCCUCACAUUUGGAAAUAAAAUUACACGGUGAAGAGGACAGAGGGAACGCAAUCAAGCUGGCAAGCCAGGCAGCCUUCCCAAGGAGCUCUUCACUUCACUGACGAAGUUUCUUGACCAAGACGCCAGAUGAAGAGAGUAUGGCAUCUCCGAGACCCUGGCUAUCGUGUCCUGGCCAUGCUUGUCUAAUAACCCACCCUGGUGAGGAAAUCUGCUAACCCCUCAAUCAGGUCGGGAACAUCUGGGCGUUGCAUUGGAAGAUCCAUAGAACAAAUCAAACCACAAUAUUUUCUGCUUGCGAGGGUGCUGCAGAUGUUUCUGAGGUCCCAGCAGCACUCCUUCCUUCAACGAAGCCAGCCCGUGAGAGCCAGAAACACCCACGAGAGUUAAUUCCCUCAGGACCAGCCUGCACAGAUGGAGAGUCACUUUAGAAAUAUUUCACGGGUAAGAUUACUCCUGCACUGCAGCAGCAGUCCAUGCGAGGACCCAUCCAUCCUUGGGUCAGGCUCAGGCGUGUUGGCUGCCACAUGCUGACACUGGUUCUUGCACGGGAGCAGCCCCUCCAUUCGGCCCUGCUGCAGAAGGAAGUUCCCACUCUCCAAACUGCAGGUCGUCUCCUUUAGUCAUGUGCAAAAUCCCACCACAACUAAUCCUAUGGAAGACUAGUUCUGCUAGCUACCUCAAACGUCUUGUGGAGUGAGACCUGCCCGGAGGCAGAGGAGCAACUGGAGCCCAGUAAGCAAUGAAAGCCAGGCCAGGUGUGGCUCUGGUGUCCCCAGGAAUCACUUGAACCGCACAUGUCCACAGCCAGAGCCCUGCAUGCAUCACGUGCACUGCUGGGAAGCACAAAUCAUGUACCAAGAGAAGAAAUCGGUCCUGGUGACAUCACUGUGCAGACCAAACGGAGAAGCUGUUAAGACUCUUGAGUUUAGUUUUCUGGAUUUUUUUUUUCAUUGAGUUGUUUAAUGUAAUUAUUUGACAUCACAAAGUCUUUGUCCUUCUCCAGGCAGGGAACAUGGGGAACCAGUUUGUUUAUCACAAUUUUCAUUCCUGGCCACUCACAAGGUCUGAUGGGCUGCAGAGGUGCUGCUGUGGGCAGUGUGCUUUGGGCACCAAGGAAAUGCCCGUGCCACAUCCUGGUGUAAUCCUUGGUGCCAAGCGGUGCCCAGCCACCUCUGUGCCCCGCAGGAGGGACAGCAGUGUCAGAGCUGCUCCUUGGGGACACACACAAUGUCCCAUUGCUUCUCUGGGCCAGUUUCUCACUCAAUUCCUGUCCCCUGGGAUUGUAGAGUAUGCCUGGACUGUAGUCUUAGCCAUGAGGGGGUGACGGUGGCAGAGAGGUUGGUCCCGUGUCCCCAAAGGGAUGGCAUUGCCUGCUGCUAAGCCCUGUAGGAUACAGGGGUGGUUGAUGCCUUAUGGUCACACGGUGAUGGUGCAUCUGGUAGUGAGCUGUGCUCCGGCACAGCACAGUGGUGCGGGCUCUAGUGACCGAGCUGGUUAUCCCUGCCCCGGUAGAGAUCCCAGUAACCCCCAGUUGAUCCCAGUGACACGGGAUGAGUCAGUGGGCAUGAUGGUAUUGCUGGUGGGCAGUACCUCCAAGGCCAGUGUGGAGGGGCCAACUGCCCCAGCCAGGGCAUUUCUUCUGAAGCUGUUGUAACUGGGACCAGCGUUUCCUAUGAAAUCCCAGAUCCCUUUCUCAGGCUAUGGAAUCAAUAAAGUAUUUGUCUGUA